AUGGCCAGCCCAAACACGCGCUCCAAACGUGGUCCCCCACCCCCCGAACCGCAAAACUCUCCCCCGCCCCACCGCCAACCCCACAUCUCCGUCGACACGAUCCUAGGCUACGCAUCCGAGAUCCCCUCCGCACAGCGACGACUUCCACCGGGGCAGCGACCGAUCGUACACACACGCACGCCGAGCGGACGGCAUCCCUUAAACCCGCGGUUAGCAGGUCAGCUCGUCUUCGGCGCAGGCGGCACAAUGAUGGCGGGCCAACACGGCGGCAUGCCAGCGCGGACGAGCAAAGUCAGCGAGAAGCUCGUAUGGCUGCCCGAGGCAGAGGGGGUGGAGAAGGAGGAGGGGAGUCUAGAUGAGAGGGAGGACGAAGAGGGUCCGCCGGACGACGAGGAGGUUGCGCGGCGCAAGGCGGGGAGCUUAGGGAGAGGGCCCAGGGAUAAGAGUUAUGCGGAACGACUGCCCAAGGGGCAGCGGACGGAGAAGCUGGCGAGGGUCACGGCGUAUUGCACGGCGCAGAGCUAUCGGAUGCGCGCGACGGCGGAGUUUGUGAGGGCGCAGCAUGCGGCGAGGACGAAGCUGUAUGACGAUUGUUUGUACUGUGUCUAUCAUUUGCCGCUUUUGGCGGGGAGUGAUGGGUAUAGAGUCAGGAGUAGUCCGGUGCUGAAGAGUCCCGGCGGGAAGAGCGUGCUGGAUGAGGAGAUUGAAAGAAAUGAGCGGGGCGGCGAGAGGAUGAGGGAGGGGUAUUUUGGGGAAGAGGAGAGCUACGGGGUCAUGGAUGACGGCAGUAUGAGUCCCAGGUACGGGACCGGUGAAGGGGAACGGAGGGAAAGCACAGGGAGUAAUGAGGGCACGUCACCCGGGAGGAGGUCAGGCAGCCCGCCGAGAAUACCCCCGGAUGCACUGCAGUUUGCGGAAAUGUUUGUCUUCUCCUACGGCGUCGUUGUCUUCUGGAACUUUACGGAGAGGCAAGAGAAGGACAUACUAGCCGACCUGACCUUCUCAUCCUCCCUAACCAGCGACGCCGCAUCCAUCGACUCCGCCGUAGACGACAAAGACGAUCCCGCUCCGACAUCGCUAGCGGACCGCCCGCUCUCCGAAUCAGACUUUGAGACAGAAGAAUUCCACUUUGAGUACAAUCCCUCGAUACCCAGACCCAGAGUCUACAACGACAUGAUCACGCUCAAGUCGGGAGACCAUAUGAUUAAGCUCAGCAUGAGUCACGCCAUCGCGCAAAGCACGAAACUCAGCUUCUUCGAAGAGCGAAUGGCGGAGACGAUGCAGGAAGCACAGCACGUGCCGCGCAACCUGGCGCUUACGGGACAUCUGGGCAUGAAGCGGGAGGAGGUCGUCCGCAUCCUCGGCCGGCUCUUCGGCGUCCGGGUUGAAGUCAACCUCUCAUCUAACAUGCUCGACGUCCCUAACUUCUUCUGGGACAGCGAACCGACGCUGCAUCCGCUCUACAGCGCGGUCCGCGAGUAUCUGGAGAUCAAGCCGCGCAUCCAGGUGCUCAAUGAACGAUGCCAAGUCUUUCUUGACCUGGCCGAGAUCCUCAGCGAUAGCAUUGCGGAUAAGAAAAUGACGCGCAUUACCUGGAUCAUCAUAAUCCUCAUCAUCUUGUCUAUCCUCGUUACUUGCUCGGAGGUGUUUCUGAGAUUCGGCAUCCUAAGUAAGAGCGGGCAUAAGCCUGCUGCUGCUGCUUGUAAUUGCACGCAGGUGUGUGCAGCGAUGCUUUCGCUCAAGGAGUUGUAA